AUGACGUCAUGUGGGUAUUGUGUUUGAGGAAGCGCAAGAAGAAACUGCAUCAAGUCCAGAACAUAUCUGACUUUAUAAAACACAUCGACAUCAUCGAAGAGUUUAAUGUGACUGGAGUUAAAUUAUACGCUUCCCAACGUCCCAAGUCGAAAGUGAAGAAAGUGACUUCCACAUUCCCCGCCACAGGAUGCAGAUCAGCGGUUAUCUGUACGCUCUCAUCAUCUGUAGUGGAUUAACCCUGUCUGUGCCGGCACUAAAGUCUGCCAACGACACACCGGCACUACUCCUUGUGUCUUUUGAUGGCUUUCGGGCAGACUACCUAAACAAAUACUCAUUUCCCAAUCUUGAGAAGUUCUUCUCCGAUGGUGUCCUUGUACAUGAACUAACCAAUGUGUUUACGACAAAAACCUUUCCCAAUCAUUACAGUCUCGUCACAGGGCUGUACGCAGAAAGUCAUGGGAUGCUUGCCAGUAUUAUGUAUGACCCAGUGUCAAAAAAGCAUUUCUCUAUAAAAAAUGACAGUGACCCUUUCUGGUGGGACGAAGCCACUCCGAUCUGGGUGUCUGUGGAGAAAAAUGGCUACAGGGCAGCAUCUGCUAUGUGGCCAGGAACAGAUGUGAAUAUUAAAAACCACACAUUAAAAUACAAAUAUGAGUACGACUCAAAGGUGCCCUUCGAAGAAAGGCUGGGAAACAUCACACAGUGGAUGACGACGGACAGAUCUGUUAAGUUUGCCACUCUGUACUGGGAAGAACCCGACUGGAGCGGCCACAAAUACGGUCCAGAGAACACCACAGAGAUGACCAAGGUUUUAAGGGAGGUGGAUAAUCACAUAGGUUUCCUGAUAGAGCAGCUCAACAAAACGGGAUUAUGGGGGAAAAUAAAUGUUAUCAUCACUAGCGAUCAUGGUAUGGCUCAGUGUGCUAAAGAGCGUCUUAUUAAAUUGGAUAACUGCAUCAGUCCGAACAGCUAUACAGUGGUGGAUCUGACUCCUGUGGCUGCCAUAAUUCCACUGCAAGAUAAUUCCACCAUAUACAAAAACCUGUCCAGUUGUCACGAUCACAUGAAGGCGUACCUGAAGGAUGAUGUUCCCGACAGGCUGCACUAUAAAAACAACGAAAGGAUUCAGCCGAUCAUUUUGGUGGCAGAUGAAGGCUGGACGAUUGUCAAAAAUGGCAGCCUCCCACGAUUGGGCGACCAUGGCUAUGACAAUACGCUUUCCAGCAUGCACCCCUUCUUGGCUGCCCAUGGGCCUGCGUUCCGUAAAGGCUACAGGAUGUCGAGCUUUAACAGUGUGGAUCUCUACCCGCUCAUGUGCCACCUCAUCGGCAUCGCUCCGGAGGCCAACAACGGCAGCUUCGCUCACGUGCGCUGUGCGCUAGUUAACGAGCAGUGCGGAGAGCUAGCGUUGGCGGUGGGCAUUGUCAUCGGUGUUUUAAUAAUCCUGACCACCUUCACCUGCCUAUUCAAGCUGAUGAAGAACAGAGAUGCCUCGUCUCCUCGUCCAUUCGCCCGCUUGGAGUUAGAUGACGACGCUGAUGAUGAACCUUUACUUGAAUGAAUGUUAUUAAAUGGAGGGAAUUUGACUUGAUUCAAGCACAUGCAAAAUGUUAAAGGAAUAGUUCACCCAAACAGGGAAAAAGUCAGACAGGUUUGGAAAAACAUGAGGGUGAGUAAAUGAUGACUGCAUUUUCAUUUUCAGGUGAACUGUUCCUUUAAAUGCUGAAAUGGUGCAGAGAUGACAAUCAUAUUGAAACUGUAAGAGAGAAAUUUAACUGUUGUAGAACCAGUAAAAUACACUGUAGGCACAAUAAGGAUUAGUUAUCAUUAGUAUGAAACAACAUGACAAAACAUGUCUUCAACAUCAGCUGUUGAGCUAGAAAUGCUUUAGUUUAAAAAAGUUUAGUGCUUCGUUUUUAACCAGGUUAUGAGAUCUCUGGACAACAAUAUUUACCAAAAGAAAACUAAAAAUAUUUUGAAUGUGUUAGAUUUUUCCUAACCCCACACGCACAAGCAUGCUUCAGAAUGAUUCAGUUGUGCAACUUCCAAUAAUGCUUUUUAGCAUUAGCAUAAGCAUGUAAAUCUUGCUUUAUAACUAUGCAUAUUAUGUUACCAGUCAGGUUACUGAGGUGUGCCAUGCUUUAUACUCUUGAACUGGUCUGCACUUAACUUGGAACGUAAGCAAUAAUAAUUCUUAAAGGGUUAGUUCAC